CCAGCUCCAAACACACUUCAUUCAACGUGAACAUGUGUGAGACUCACUUCUGUCCAUGUUUUGUUUCCACAGGAUGAGUUCUGGAAGACCUACAUGGUCCAGGACGUCUGUCAGUCCAACCCCUGUCUGAACGGAGGCUCCUGCUCCAUCCAGUCAGUCCAGGAAAACACCUACACCUGCCUGUGCCUGCCCCGCUUCAGCGGACUCAACUGUGAACUAGAUGACGACGCUGUCGCUAAAACCUGCUACCUGGAAAACGGAGGCUGCGAACAUUUCUGCGAUGAAGACGAGGAAACCCAAAGCGUAAACUGCUCGUGUGCAGACGGGUACUUCCUGAGCGCUGAUGGGCGGAGCUGUGUGGCAGCAGAGUCCAUCGCAUGUGGGAUGGUUCCGGUCCUCCCGGUGGAACACCAGGACUCACUGGACCCCCGGGCUCGGAUCGUGGGGGGGUCAGUGUGUCCUAAAGGUGAAUGUCCCUGGCAGGUGCUGCUGCUCUACAAAGGUAAAGGGUUCUGUGGAGGCGUUCUCUUCAGACCCUGGUGGGUUCUAACAGCCUCCCACUGUCUGGAGAACAUGGACGUCCAGUUCCUGCAGGUGGUCGCAGGUGAACAUGACACAGAUGUGGCUGAGGGGACGGAGCAGCUGGUCCAGGUGUCCCAGAUCCUCAUGCACGAGGACUACGUCACGGCCACGGCCGACAACGACAUCGCCCUCCUGCGUCUGGCCACGCCCAUCGCCUACACGCCGUACGCCGUCCCCGCCUGCCUGCCGACGCGGGCGCUGGCCGAGCGCGACCUGUGGGCGGUCAACAAACACACGGUGAGCGGGUGGGGCCGGCGGACGGAGAACGGGCCCACCUCCCACCUGCUGCGCCGCCUGCUGGUGCCCAACGUUCGCACGCAGGACUGCGUGGAGUGGAGCGGCGUCCGCAUCACCGCCAACAUGUUCUGCGCCGGAUACAUCGAAGGGCGCGAGGACUCGUGUAAAGGGGACAGCGGUGGUCCACUGGUCACCAAGUACAAGAACACCACCUUCCUGUUGGGCAUCGUCAGCUGGGGCAAAGGCUGCGCCCGCCCGGGCCACUACGGAAUCUACACCCGGGUCUCCAACUACCUGGACUGGAUCCACAACCGAACCACGACAGGAGACCAGCUGACCAACAGGACCCAGGAGGUCCCACAAAACCCAGACAAGGAGGUCCCACAAAACCCAACAAACCCAGACAAGGAGGAGGUCCCGCAAAACCCAGACAAGGAGGUCCCGCAAAACCCAACAAACCCAGACCAGGAGGUCCCACAAAACCCAACGAACCCCGACAAGGAGGUCCCACAAAACCCAACAAACCCAGACCAGGAGGUCCCACAAAAGCCAACGAACCCAGACCAGGAGGUCCCACAAAAGCCAACGAACCCAGACCAGGAGGUCCCACAAAACCCAACGAACCCAGACCAGGAGGUCCCACAAAACCCAACGAACCCAGACCAGGAGGUCCCACAAAACCCAACGAACCCAGACCAGGAGGUCCCACAAAACCCAACAAACCCAGACAAGGGGGUCCCACAAAACCCAACAAACCCAGACAAGGAGGUCCCACAACACCCAACAAACCCAGACAAGGGGGUCCCACAAAACCCAACAAACCCAGACAAGGAGGUCCCACAAAACCCAACAAACCCAGACAAGGGGGUCCCACAAAACCCAACAAACCCAGACAAGGAGGUCCCACAAAACCCAACGAACCCAGAGAGGGAGGUCCCACAAAACCCCAAAAAAUCAGACAAACCCAACAACCACAGAGUCGGGAGGUCCGAUAGAACCCAAUAUGAAGACCCUGUUCCUGCUGGGGUGAACAGAACCGACAUCGUGGUGACGGUUCUGACGUCAUUCUGCCUGGUCCUGGUUCUGCUGUCGGCCACCGCCAACGCCGCAGUCUUCGUCCAUAAACAGGAGUCCUCUUCAGUCCUCGCUCGUUGGCGUCGUGCUAACAGUGGUUUCCUGGAGGAGCUGAAACAGGGAAACCUGGAACGGGAAUGUGUGGAGGAGAUCUGUGACUACGAGGAGGCACGGGAGGUGUUCGAGGACGACGCCCACACGAGGCAGUUCUGGGAGACCUACCAACGUCGCGACCCCUGCUUGGUCAGCCCCUGUCGGAACAAUGGAACCUGCAUUUACGUUGGAAACACGUACGAAUGUCGGUGCGCCAAAGGAUUUGAAGGACGACACUGUCAGACCGCGUUCGAGGACUCGUUGAAGUGUCUUUAUUUGAACGGACACUGCGAACAUUUCUGCGAUGGAUCGGGAGAAAAACGCCGAUGUUUCUGCGCUGACGGGUACCAGCUGGAUGACGACGGACGACGGUGCAGCGCACGAGUGCAGUUUCCUUGUGGGGCCCUGGUCCCUCUGGACCUGAACCAGACCCAGUCCGUGGUGGGUCAGACCCGGCUGGUUGGUUCCACCCACUGUCCGCGGGGGGAGUGUCCCUGGCAGGUUCUGGUCCAGCUCAACGGGUCGAGUCACUGCGGCGGUGUCCUCAUCAGCUCUGACUGGGUCCUGACCGCUGCCCACUGUCUCCAUGGCAACAGCCCCACCCACCUGGGCGUGGUGGCAGGGGAACAUGACCUGGAUGCCAUUGACGGCACAGAGCAGGCGGUUCCCGUUGCCGUGGCGAUCCUUCACCCCGCCUACGUCCCUCAGAGCGGUGACAGUGACGUGGGCCUCCUGCAUCUGCGUCGACCUUUGACCCUGAACCGUCACGUGGUCCCGGUCUGCCUCCCCACCGCAGACUUCGCCGAACGGGAGCUGCUGCCGCUGCGGUUCCACACGGUGUCGGGGUGGGGCGGGAGGACCGGCGGGGGCAACGGCCACGCCCCUGUCCCGCCGCCAUCGCCCGUCCUGCGCAGGAUGUCCGUCCCCGUCCUCCAGAACUCCGUCUGCUCCCAGAGGUCCGGCUUCAACUUCACCGAAAACAUGCUGUGUGCCGGGUACCUGGAGGGAAGCGUGGACGGUUGCCGCGGUGACGACGGGAGCCCGCUGGUCACGCGGUACGGCUCCACCCACUUCCUGAUGGGCGUGGUCGGCUGGGGGCGUGGCUGUCCUCACCCGGGGUAUUAUGGGGUGUAUGCCAACAUGGCCCGCUUCGUCCAAUGGGUGGAGACCACUGUGAGAGCCCCGCCCACCGUGACGCCGACCAAUGAGAGCGUGAGUGCAGGAAUAGCGGUGUCGGGUUACUGCACCCUCAUGUGGAUGCUGGUGUCGGGUUACAACUCCUCUAUCGUCCACUCUAUCGUCCACUCUCAUCCUGCCUGUCGUCCAGUCUGGUCCCGGCCGCUGACCACCAUGUUUGGUUUUGUCCGUCUGUCCGUCAGCCUACUGCUGCUCCAGAUGACCACCGCUAACGCCACCGCCGCUAAUGCUAACGUUUUCGUUGACGAACAGGAGGCGUCUCAGCUCCUCCUCCACAGGAGGAGGCGGGCCAACAGUUUCCUGGAGGAGGUGAAACAAGGAAACAUGGAGAGAGAGUGUAGAGAGGAGCAGUGUGACUGGGAGGAGGCGAGAGAGAUAUUUGAGAACGAGGAGAAAACGAAUGAAUUCUGGGCCGUCUAUCAUGAUGGUGACGCCUGUGAGUCCACACCUUGUGUCAACGGAGGAUCCUGUAAAGACGGGAUCGGGAGUUACAACUGUUACUGCAGGAGCGGAUACAAGGGCUUCAACUGUGAGAUAGGUACAGGACCCAACACCAGGUCCGGGACCCCACACCAGGUCCGGGACCCCACACCAGGUCCCAGACCCUACACCAGGUCCCGGACCCCACACCAGGUCCGGGACCCUACACCAGGUCCCAGACCCCACACCAGGUCCGGGACCCCACACCAGGUCCAGGACCUCAGACCAGGUCCAGGACCUGAGAUUCCGUUGCUGUGUGAACACAAUAAUGGCGGCUGUAAACACUUCUGUAACGUGGUUGAAGACGAGGUCAUGUGUUCCUGCGCAGACGGAUACUUUCUAGCAUCAGACGACAAAUCCUGUGAAUCCAACGAGGCCUUCAAAUGUGGAGUCCUCAUCCAUGACAACACCCGCACCAUUUUCAGGUACGAACGAGAGAACACAACAAAUACGACAAAUACGACGAAUACGACAAAUACGACAAAUACGACGAAUACGACAAAUACGACAAAUACGACGAAUACAACGAACACAGCAGAGGUCAGCACCAACAUCAGCGACCCCCGUCUGGACAACGUUAAUGUCAGCUGGUCCAAGCAGACCCUUCAGACCCCGGACCUGCCAGAGUUCAGGGUUCACAACAACAGCGUGGACCAAAGUCCAGGACAGGAGACGGUUCAAGAGGAACUAGUGGUCCCCCAAAGGGCUGGGAUGACCCGCAUCGUCAACGGAGAAGACUGUCCACCAGGAGAAUGUCCAUGGCAGGCUCUGCUGGUGAAUGAGGACGACAUCGGCUUCUGCGGCGGAACCAUCCUGAACCGGUUCUUCAUCCUGACCGCCGCCCACUGCAUGAACCAGUCCAGACACAUCCACGUCAUCGUAGGUGAAUUCGACCGGUUGGUGAACCACGGGAACGAGGCCGUUCACAACGUGGAGGCGGUGCUGAUCCACCACCAGUACCAGUCCAACACCUACCACAACGACAUAGCGCUGAUGAAGUUAGCCACGCCCAUCCGCUUCAGCAGGUACAUCCUGCCGGCCUGCCUACCGACCCACAACUUCGCAGAAAAGGUUCUGAUGAAGCAGGACGUGGGGAUGGUCAGCGGCUUCGGUCGUCUGGGCGAAAAACGGCAGACGUCCCAGAUCCUUCAGCGCCUCACACUGCCCUAUGUGGACCGGGCCGCGUGUCGAGAAUCCACCAAGUUCACCGUCUCGUCUCGCAUGUUCUGCGCUGGCUACGACACCAUCGAGAAGGACGCCUGCCAGGGCGACAGCGGCGGGCCGCACGUCACCCGCUACCACGACACCUACUUCGUCACCGGCAUCGUCAGCUGGGGCGAAGGCUGCGCCGCAAAAGGCAAGUACGGCGUCUACACCCAAGUGUCCAAGUACAUCCGAUGGAUCCGGGACUCCAUGAAGGAGGUCAUGCCCAAAAGUAGGAACAGACGCCAGGCACCGAACCAGGGCCCCUUUAAGACCAGGUACCUGUGA